GGCUGAAGUGAGCGGAGGUGGUGCGUCCAGGAGAGCCUCUGAAGCGAGAGAUUGAUUGAGAGGUCUGGACUCGGGAACAAGAGGAGGAGGAGGAGGAGAAGCCAAAGAAGAAAGGCGGCGGCGGAGGAGGCUGCUGCGGCGGCGGCGGCGGCGAGGCACAGGGCGGCUGCUUCUCUCCGCGGGGAUUUUUGCGAAGCUGCGCCGAGAUGUCUUCUCCUUCCAAAGCUAAGGAGGUUUUCUCCUCCUCGGACGAAGAGGGCCCCGCGGCUGGGGCCGAGGAUCAGCACAAAGUCAAGGUCUCCAGUUUGCCGUUCAGCGUGGAAGCGCUUAUGUCCGACAAAAAGCCGGCCCGAGAGCCGAGCGGAAGCCUGGAAGGGACUGGCUUGGGUACUUCGAGGAACCUGCUCUUGCCCACUCACGUCUCCAGGGAAGCUCCCAGCCCCAGCGGGCUUACAAAAACCUUCGAGACUUCGUCGGUGAAGUCCGAAAACUCCGAGGAUGGCUCGUCCUGGAUUCCGGAGGCUGGCAGAUACUCCCCUCCCCCAAGUGAGUGCUUUAACUUAGGGAGGGUGGAAAGGCGCUGGGAGAAUGAA